UAAUCUUCGCUUGGGUGCUUUGGAAGAUCCAUUGAUGACGCUUUCAAAACUUUCCACUCCGCCAGCCACGGAAAAAGGUCAAUUCAGGUGUGGACUAAAGAACAAUUGAGCGCCUGACAAUACUUCUUAACUGAUGAGCCGCGGUAUAGCAUCUAAUGCGCUGAUACUCUACGCGGCUAUUGCUUAUACAAGUGUUCGUACACGUCUCUCAUCUCGACCAGGGUCAUUUGACCCCUCAUUACACCACAACGAGGAGAGAAUCAAUCUUCAGCAGAGGCUCCCUUCGAUAAUUUUGUUACUGAACCCAGCGGUGAUAUUUACAAGAUGGCACUAGUCAUUCCCGUCGAGAUCUGCGACAUGAUCGUUGAUCACGUAGCAACACUGGUAGAUGAACAAGACUACUCGUUUCGCGAUCUCUUUCCUCAUGCGCUAGAGCGAGAGACUCGCUCGUGCCUUAUAAGCUUACGCUUGGUUAGCCGGAAUUUCUGUGCCUCCGCGUCGCGUCAUAUGUUCAAACACAUCAUCGCUUCACUUAGCUCCUCAAGGGGCAACCGAAACCUUCUACAAAGAGUUGCCGAAAUCUCAGAAAGCAAAUAUGCUGCAGAUGUCCACCUUCUAGAGGUUGGGCGCGACCGAUGGGGCUCCAAUUCCUGCUCGUCACUCGGUCACGAUAUCCAGGAUCUUGCCGGAUUGCUCUCGCCUUGUCUUGCCCGACUAGCUAAUUUGCGCGUUUUAAAAUUCAGAGCUUCAUGCCAGUUAUCGACACGCGACCACGAAGAGCCUGCUAUCACACGUGAUCACGAAAGAACUGCCAUUGAAGCCGUUGUUGCUGCCCUGCGAUAUGUGAAUUUACCCUGUUUGGAAGGGCUGGAGCUAUUCUUUCCCCUAGCCCAUGAUUUUGGGGACUUUUUCCCCAUCCAUUCUACUCCAUUGCACAUACCCAUGAAGGAUCUACUGCACGGCCUGAAAUUUCUGGCUUUGCAUCUUACUGCGUAUACCAAGGAGUUGGGUCAGCGAUACUGGAAAACCGAUGUACUCCCCACGCACGCCGCCUUGCCGAAUGACUUACACGCAGCCCAUCUCCUUAGACUAGUGGAGCUGGCUCCUAACUUACAAGCUCUCUCCAUCUCCAGUACAGACAUUCUCCCAUUCUACGCUAUUCACUUCAGCCCGGCGCUUCAUCUCACCUCUCUAUGCCUCAGUCGAGUCCUCAUCACGUUCGACCACUUCCGCGCACUUAUAGAACAAUGCAAAGAUAAUCUCAAGCACAUCGAGUUAUCUUUGGUACAACUGCAUUCCGGGACCUGGCACGCGGUCCUUACGCAGUUUCGCCAAUUACCGCAUCUUAUAGACUUUUCAAUCAACUCGUGCGGGUACCCAGCUACUGGUCCAAAUGCACAUCUGGCUGAUAUGCCUCCCGAGCCGGAUGCCCCCGAACCACUUGAGACGAUGAAUUCCGCAGACUAUGACGGACUUGGGGAGCUCAAGGAAUUUGUCAAUACGAACCGAACCGCUUUGGGGCUUGAUCCGUUCGAUCGUACUGAUCUUCGCUGGUCUAGGUAGGGGGCUCUUGCGCGCUGGGAUGUUUAUAGGCAGACGGCGGAGUAGGUUUUCUGCCACGAUGGAUGUUUUUGGAACAAGGAGUAUGUUUGGUUAUACUUGGGUCGGACACGAGGUCGCUUGUAUUACAACCGUCUUUGGCGAUUUAUAUCUAUAACU